CCGCAACCCCAGACUCAGCCUCCACCCCGGCCCCGGCGCCACUGCUGCAGUCAUGGCUGCUGAUGGGGUGGACGAACGCUCGCCUCUGCUCUCCGCAUCCCAUUCUGGAAAUGUCACUCCCACGGCCCCACCAUACUUACAAGAAAGCAGCCCCAGAGCGGAACUCCCACCUCCGUACACAGCCAUUGCCAGUCCAGAUGCCAGUGGUAUUCCAGUAAUAAACUGCCGCGUGUGCCAAUCUCUCAUCAAUUUGGAUGGCAAGCUUCACCAGCAUGUGGUUAAGUGCACGGUUUGCAAUGAAGCUACGCCAAUCAAAAACCCCCCAACAGGGAAGAAGUAUGUUAGAUGCCCUUGUAAUUGUCUCCUCAUUUGUAAGGACACAUCACGGCGAAUAGGAUGUCCAAGACCCAACUGUAGACGCAUAAUUAACCUUGGCCCAGUAAUGCUUAUUUCUGAAGAACAGCCAGCUCAACCUGCAUUGCCAGUCCAACCAGAAGGUACAAGAGUCGUGUGUGGGCACUGUGGAAACACGUUCUUGUGGAUGGAACUGAGGUUCAACACUCUGGCAAAAUGCCCACACUGCAAAAAAAUUUCCUCUGUGGGUAGUGCACUUCCUCGAAGACGUUGCUGUGCAUAUAUUACCAUUGGAAUGAUAUGUAUUUUCAUUGGAGUUGGAUUAACUGUUGGCACCCAAGGUUUUGCAAGGCGAUUUCAUGCAACCUAUGUUUCUUGGGCAGUUGCUUAUCUCUUAGGUUUGAUCUGCCUUAUCCGAGCUUGUUAUUGGGGAGCUAUAAGAGUGAGUUAUCCAGAACACAGUUUUGCAUAAGCUUGUUUAUGAUUUGAUAAUGCAGGUGAGAGUAUCUAGCAGUUCUCGAUAAACUACUCUGGCAUCUUUAAAUCAUUUACCUAAUGGAUUUCAUUCUGGUUUAUGUAUGAAGUUUUAAGACUUUGGGAGUCUUUUAUGAACAAAUGCUCAUUGUACUACAUUAUAUGCAAAUAGGUUGUUUUGCUGCUAAGUUUUCAAGCUCCAAAUAAUAAAGCUUGGUCUUCAUGUUCUUUUACAUCUCUUAAAUAUAUUUUUGA